AUGGCGACGGUGCGUACGCCGCCCCCGCGGGGCUCGGAGCCCAACAACAAGCGCAAGCGUAAGCGUCUGAAUAAGCCAAAGUCCACAUCCUCCACCUCGUCUCCAGUGGAGGCGCAGUUGGAGACGCUCGAAAAGUGGUAUCGCGCCUUAACCAUCGACAUGUCGGAGAUCCGGCGUGAGGGCGCGCGCGUGCGCAUUGAGCUGGAGAAAGUGGACGAUACGACCGAAGCCGCAGUGGAGAAGGCUGAGCGAUGCGCUGCACAGGCGAAGGCGGCGCUAUGGAGAAGAAAAUGGAGCGAUACAGACAGAGCAGCAUCAACGAGGAGUUCCUCAUGA